GGCUUGGCGAUCCGAACUGAAAAGCUGGCCGUCGCAUAAGCGAAACCAAAAGCAAACCACUUGGCAUUCGCGCUGGGCGAGCUGAACAGUGCGAGCGUCAAGUGUCGCGACGGGUUUUUAUAUUAAAUAAAUAAUUCAUAUUUUCCGCUGACAUCCCAUACCAAACCACAUACAUUCACAUCUGUUUUUUGUUUUCGUUUGCGUUGCGGUUUUUUUUUGUGUGUGCGCGAGAGCGUUUCGAUUUGGAUCAUCUCGAGAUCAGAUCAGUUGUAAACAAAGAGAUCGUGCGCCCAGUCAAUCCAGUGAGCAGCAAGUCACCAGGAGAAGAUCAGCCAUGGAGGUGUACACGUCGGACAGCUCGGACACGGAUUCGCGGGAGCAGAAGACACUGGACUUUGGCCGCAUGAGCCUGGACCUGGUCACGCUGGAGGAUCACCUGGCCUCGCCGCAGAAGGCUCUGCUCAAGUCCAGUGGCGACAUCGAGACCAUGCUGCUCAAUCACAAUCGAUUGGUCGGCUUGCCCCGUCUACUGCUGCAGUUCGGCAAUCUGAAGAUUCUGGAUCUCAGCUCGAAUGCCAUCACCACGCUGCCGGAUGCCGUCUGCCAACUGCCGCUGGUCACCCUGAUAGCCAAGAACAACCUGCUGACCAAUGCCUCGCUGCCCAAAUCGCUGCUCACCAAAAUGGCCAAUGGCAAUGCCAAUGCCACCGGCGGCUCCAACUCCACGCUCAAGGAGCUCAAUCUGAGUGGCAAUCAGCUAACCCACUUUCCGGAACAGGUCACCGAGCUGCGCCACCUCAAGUACCUCUAUCUGGGCGGGAACAAGAUCUCCAGCGUCUCGAAGGAUAUCUGGAAGAUGCAAAGUCUGCAUGUGUUGUCCCUCGGCGGCAAUCUAAUCAGCGAAGUUCCCGAGGCGGUGGGUUCCCUUAACCAGCUGCAGGCUCUCGUCCUGUGCGACAAUCUGAUCGAGAUUCUGCCGACCAGCAUCGCCCGACUGAAGAACCUCAAGUCGCUGCUGCUGCACAAGAACCGUCUGCGUCAUCUUCCCAAGGACAUCGUGGCACUGAAGAACCUGACUGAGCUGAGCCUACGUGACAAUCCGCUGGUGGUGCGCUUCGUCCAGGACAUGGCGCUGAAGCCACCUACCCUCCUGGAGCUGGCUGGUCGCAUGGUGAAGGCCAGCGGCCAGCGACCCGGACCCUAUGACAUCCCCAGGACACUGGCCGAGUAUUUGAACAGCGCCAACUGCUGCGUGAAUCCCAAUUGCAAGGGCGUCUUCUUCGACAACCGGGUGGAGCACAUCAAGUUCGUGGACUUUUGCGGAAAGUACCGUGUGCCAUUGCUGCAGUACCUCUGCUCCUCCAAGUGCAUCGAGCCAGAGCAGCCGGCGACGCGCGGCUCGUCCGUUCCGGCGGCGAACGCCAGCAGCGGAUUCAUGAUGCGCAAGGUGCUGCUGGGCUAGCCGGCAUUCCGGUCCGGCCCGGCCCACUCCGGCUCCUGGGGCCAUAACCAUAUAUUGUCCGGGAGCGCGAGCGGAGCGUCGACCGAUCCGGUAUCGGAUUUGGAGCGGACACAGAGAUACGAAAUCGAUAUCGGAUUGGGAAUCGGAGGCGGAAGCGGUAGCGGAACUUGGGAGCGAAACGGAACGGAAACGAGAGCUUAAGCGGAAAUGGUUGGAUGGAUGGCACCACGCGUUCCGAGGAACCGAGGUGUCCGCCAACCACCGCCGCUCGCCGGGAUUCCCAUUGGCUUCUUCACACGUUAUCAAAUCCAAUUUGAACUAGUUUGCUAAGUGAUUACACCAACUGUUUGUUUGCCCGCCGCCUUGCGUGCCAAUUUCUGUGUUUCUGUUUGCUUGUUUGUUUGCUUGUUAGUCACACCUACACAAUCUAUACCAAAGAAACUCGCCUGGCUUUCACUGGGCAAAAACAAGAAGAAAAGGAUUCGAGUGGCUAGCGAAGCAUUCGGCGAUUAAAAGCGCCGAUUUGGCAGAUUGCACUAGUAUAACGGACCUUAUCUAGCCCCAUAAAUUGAGUUAGUAACCAAAAAUUUAGCACAACUGUUAAAUAUUUCACAAACUAUAACUGCAACCAUAAUCAAAUUAACGCCCGGAUUCUAUCCGUUCAAAAGCGAAUCAUUUCAUUUAAAAUGCCGACAAAAUGACCCCAUUCAGGUAUUCCAACAAGUUCCCUUAAAUGUCCUUUGUCCUGGAAUACCUCAACCUUACACAAUUGUAAUCAAAGCUUUGCCCAAUUGCCAAAUUUAUAAUAAAAAGUGGACCAAACCUUUA